CUCGCGUUUGUGAUAGAGAUAGAGUUGUUAGCUAGCUCACACGCUUCUAUUCUCUCGACUCUAUUUUCUAGGAAUUAACAGCAAAACAGAAAAAGAUAAAAGAAACCAAAAAAAACUGGGUCUACGAAAGUUAGGCCGAAAGAAACAAUCAAACAGUCUUUGAGAUUGAUUUUUUUUCUCUCUCUCUAAUGGAUUCAAGAGAUAUCACACAACCGCAGCACCAACAGUUUCAGCCACCACUGUUUCAUUACCCUAACUUUAACACUGGCGCAAUGAUGGGACCUAACUCGACUUCCCAGUCGAUUAAUCAUCGUCUAACUUUUGGCUCUCUCACACCGCGUGGGACGCUUCAGCAGCAAGAACAGCAGAUGGAUCAGAAAACGCUUGAAUCUCUUGGAUACGUCGAUGAAGUAUCGCCUUCUUCUCAACCGAUGCGAUCUGGGAUCGGUCAGAACCAACAACAAGUGAAGAGGAAGAGAGGAAGGCCAAGGAAAUACGCUCCUGAUGGUACAAUUGCAUUAGGUUUAGCUCCGACUUCUCCUCUUGGUGGUGACGGAGACAGCGGCAGAGUAAAUACAAACUCUGCUAAACGAGCAAGAGGAAGACCUCCGGGCUCCAUCAAGAAACAAUUUGAUGCUUUAGGAACAUCAGGAGGUAUGUUUACUCCUCAUGUCAUUGAAGUGAAAGAAGGAGAGGAAAUAUUAUCAAAGGUGGCGGCUCUUUCGAAUCAAGGGCCACGAACAGUUUCAGUUCUCUCUGCAGCUGGCGCAGUUUCUAGAGUGAUACUACAUAAUCCUGGUGGAAUUCAUAAUUAUAAGGGACGGUUCGAGAUCGUUACACUCUCAGGCUCCUUCUCCAAUUAUGAGGUAAAUGGUUCCAUCGAAAGAACUGGUAGUUUGACUGUGGCUUUGGCUGGUCCCAAUGCCCAGAUUUUAGGUGGCCUAGUUGGUCGGUUAGUAGCUGUAACACCAGUGCAGAUCAUAGUGGGAAGCUUUGUUGACGAAGCAAAGAAACUGAAACAGAGUACCGGUAACAAUGCUCAGGGACAGAAUCCUGAACCGGCUUCAGCACCAGCUAAUAUGUUGAACUUUGGAUCGAACUCUCAAGGACCAUCUAGCGAGUCAUCAGAUGAGAAUGAAAGUGGUUCUCCUUCAGUGCAGCACCAUGACAACAACAAUAAUGGGAUUUAUGGAAACUCAAUGGCUCAACAACAGCAACUGCGUCAGAUGCAAAUGUAUAAUCUUUGGCCUAGUAGUGGUCAAUAAAUAGAAUUUGCGUUUUGGUUUUGGUUUGGUUUAGGCUGGUUUUGAUCUUUGUUUCCUUUGAGAAGGUUAAGCUACAAGCUUGAAAAUUCUUUUUAGCUUCUUUUGUUUUGUUUUUGGAGAUUUUAGAUACAUAUAGGAGAUCUUAAAAUUAGGGUUCUUUCAGUUUUGUUUUACUUUACUCAUUGUAGGAGUGAUUAAUUUAGUUUCUCGGUCAAUUUUCUUUUAUUUUAUUUUACCGUGAUGGUCAAUAAAAGAUCUCUCUUUUUCUU